AUGUCUGAGAGCAUAAAGGUCAUUUGCCGUGUAAGACCACUCAAUGAUCUAGAAAAGGCGAACGACAGCAAGUUUGUUGUAUCUUUUCCUGGUGAUGGCAAAACGGCAAUAUCGAUUGGAGGCAAAAACUUUAACUUUGACCAUGUAGUACAACCUAAGGCAACCCAGUUAGAGGUCUACGAAAUUGUUGCCAAACCAAUUGUUGCAGAUGUUCUAAAUGGAUAUAACGGCACAAUUUUCGCCUACGGUCAGACAUCGAGUGGAAAAACAUUUACCAUGGAGGGGAUUUUAGGUGACCCAGUCUUUCAGGGUGUUAUCCCCCGGAUAAUACACGACAUAUUCAAUCACAUCUACCAAAUGGAUGAAAACCUUGAAUUCCAUAUCAAAGUUUCAUAUUUUGAAAUAUACAUGGAUAAGAUUCGCGAUUUGCUUGAUGUUUCAAAGACAAACCUACCUGUUCAUGAAGACAAAGAUCGAGUGCCUUAUGUUAAAGGAGCCACAGAACGGUUUGUGUCCAGUCCUGAAGAAGUAUUUGACGUCAUUGAUGAGGGGAAAGCUAAUCGUCAUGUAGCCGUAACAAACAUGAACGAACAUAGUUCUCGAAGUCAUUCAGUAUUCAUGAUUACCGUUCGACAAGAAAAUUUAGAAACGCAGAAAAAACUCCAUGGAAAACUUUAUCUUGUUGAUUUGGCUGGUAGUGAGAAAGUUGCUAAAACAGGGGCUGAGGGUACUGUUUUGGAUGAAGCUAAAAAUAUCAACAAAUCAUUGUCUGCUCUCGGUAAUGUGAUCAAUGCACUUGUAGAAGGGAGCUCGCACGUUCCUUACCGUGAUUCUAAGUUGACGCGUAUUCUUCAAGAAUCUCUGGGUGGUAAUGCACGGACAACAAUGGUGAUAUGUUGUUCACCAGCUGCUUUUAACGAUGCUGAGACAAAAUCAACUCUUAUGUUUGGCAUGCGCGCUAAAACAAUCAAGAAUUUAGUCACUGUAAAUGAAGAACUAACUGCUGAUGAGUGGCGACGACGAUAUGAACGUGAGAAAGAGAAAGUUAGGAAACUUCACAAUAUUGUAUCUCGUUUGGAAAAUGAACUGAAACGUUGGCGAGGUGGUGAAUCUGUCAAUCAAACUGAAUGGUUUACAGAAACUCAAUAUUCAGCUGCCAUAGAUGAUGCAAAAGACAUAACAACUCCAGAUGUAUUUCCAACCAAACUCAUGUCAGAUAGCAUUUCAACAACUGCACCACAAAGUGUUCAACUAUCAAAUAUAUCUCAAACGCGCACCGGUUCAUUUCCAUCAUCACGUGUCGCUGCCCCUAGUGAUACUCUCAGUCCAACCGCGGGUGGUGUCGGUGAUGAACAACUACAGUUUCUUUAUCAACAACUUGAUGAUAAAGACGAUGAAAUUAAUAAGCAAGCUCAAACAAUUGCUCGUCUUCGACAACAAGUUGAAGAACAAGACGAAAUCAUCAAUACUUUACGUAAAGAACGUGAAGGUCAACUGAAGGAGAUCACAAACCUCCAAGCUGAAUAUCAAUCGAGUAAAGAAGAGGUUAAAGAAGUUUUACAAGCUUUAGAAGAAUUAGCUAUGAAUUAUGAUCAAAAAGCACAAGAGAUUGCUUCAAAAGCAAAAGAAUUAGAAGAAGUCCAAGAAUCUUUAUUAAAACAGACUAGAUUAAUGCAUAGUAAAGAUGGUGAAUUAUCUCAAUUGAAAGAUACACAUCAAAAUCAAAAGAAGAAAUAUACUGAAAUGAUGUCUAGUUUAUUAAAAGAUUUAAUUGAUGUUGGUGAAUGUCUAAAUGAUCAAUUGACGAAACCAUCUGUUGGCGCUGAACGAUUAGAUGAAGAAUUCACUGUAGUUCGUUUAUAUAUAAGUAAAAUGAAAACUGAAGCAAAAUCAUUACAAUCACGUGUACGUCAAUUAGAAGAAGAACGUGUUCAACAUGUACAAUUAAUGCGUAAAAGUGAUGAUGAAUCAAAAGAUCUACGUACAAGAAUUCAUGCUUUUGAAGUAAAAAUUGCUACAUUAACAGAUAAAAUUGAUGAAUCGGAAUCACGUAAACGUCAUUUACAAGAAACUGUUGAUAAUAUGAAUGCAGAAAUAGCUAAACUUCGUGCAAAUGAACAAUUUAUGUCUGGUUCAGGUGAACAAAAUGAAAAAAUUCUAUCUGGACAAUCAGUUAUACGUGCUAAAUUAGAUGAAGAAUUUAAACGUCAAUCGGAACAUUAUGCUACACAAGUGAAAAGUUUACGGGAUGAAUUAGAUGAAAAACAGAAAAAAUUAGAAGAAUAUAAAGAUGAAGCAAAUAAUUUCAAAUUCCAAUCAGAAAAAUCUCAAGAAGAAGUUACACGUUUACGUAAAGAACUAGAAGAUAAAUCUACACGAUUGGAAACAUUGGAGAAGACUACAGAAAAACGUGAACAAGCAAAAGAAGAUCUACGCGGUUUAGAAGAGACUGUUAUUAAAGAAUUACAAACAUUGCAUAAUCUACGACGUUUAUUCAUACAAGAUCUUAAUUGUCGAAUUAAAAAGUCUGCUAAUCGUGUAAAUGCGUUAACUGCAGCUGAAAAAGCCACUGCUAAUAAUAAUACUAAUAAUACUAACCAGGGUGGUAAUACACUGAAUGCUGGUAGUGGUAUACCAGGUCAACAACAAAUCUCUGAAAGUCUACUUAUGGAUGAUGACGAUGAUGAUGAACCAAUUCAAGUUGGUACAUUAGCACAACGUGAAAAAAUUGCAUUCCUUGAAAAUAAUUUAGAUAAAUUAACGAAAGUACAUAAACAACUUGUUCAUGAUAAUGCAGAAUUACGUUGUGAAUUACCAAAGAUGGAAAAACGUCUAAAGAGUACCCUGGAACGUGUACGUAGUUUAGAAUUAUCAUUGAAAGAAGCUAAAGAAGGUGCUAUGCGUGAUCGUAAACGUUAUCAAGUUGAAGUGGAACGAAUAAAAGAAGUUGUACGUCAACGUAAUGUUACAGCACGUCGUGGUCAAUCACAAAUAGCUAAACCAAUACGUGCAGGACAUGCUCCUAUUAACAAUCCUCAUGGUGGUGGUGGUGUACCAAUUAAUUCACAACCAGUUGUACGACCAGAUCUUCUUGGUGCACCAUGAUUCAAAUAUAUUCUUACUGAUAUUCUUUUUAUCUGUGUUUAACCUUUCUCUGUGUGUUAUUCAUUUGAAUUCAUUUGGUAUAUACAUCAAGAAUAUAUUCACUGCUUACAUACAUUAAUAUGAUGCAUAUAAUACUGUGAACAAGAUAGGAAUUCAAUUAGCUAAUUCGCAUACAUGAGAAUAUAUAAUGAAGGGAUCUAUCCAUUAUGUAAUGGUAUUUAAGUACAACAAUAUAUACAUAUACAUAUGUAACUCGUUUCCUCUUAUCAAACUAUCAUUAUUGUUUCUAUUUUGUUGUUGUUGUUGUUGAUCAUAACCACUGCACAUUAUCUCUUUUACACACACAUACACACAUACAUAAGUUACACUAUGGGCCUUAAAUUUUAUGUAUAUUCAUCCCCGGUGUGUUUUUUUUUUGGUAGUCGAUUUCUUUCAUAUUUCUUGCUUAUUUUUCAUUCACUCAAUGAAUUAAUGUUUUGUUUCGUUUUCUUUUUUUUGGCUUGUCAUUUAUGAUAAAUUAACCAUGACUACUGAUUGAGUGAUGACAACCAAUAGAGUGGACUCUAUUCUCUGUGUUGUUAUUAUUAUUAGUAGUAGUAAUAUUAUUUUGUUUUAUUAUGAUGAUGUGUGCAUUUGCGUGUGCAAUUGCACUCUGCUUUGCUUAUUGUGCCUAUUCUUGAUUGUUCAUUUUAUUAUUAU